AUGCCCGCACGUAAGCGUAACAACGCGGUCGCGAACGGCGCCGACGAUGCUGAGCCCGUCGCCAAGCGGCGAUCGUCGCGACAGGCCGCUGCGGCAACCGCGUCAAACCCCGCGCCAGCACAGGUAAAGAAGCCUGCUUCUGCCCAGUCCGAGACCAAGCAGCCAUCUGAGGUAGCCAAGAGCAAGGUCUCUAAAAAGGCUGCCGACAAAUGGGCCAAGGUCAACGGAAAGGCGUCUGCAGCUGCUACGGAGGCAGCAAAGCCGGCCAAGGUUGCCAAGAAGGCGGCACCUGCUACCACAAAGCCUGGGGGCAAGGAGGGCAAAAAGGCCAAGGCAUCCGUCAAAGACACCGAGGAAGACGGCGCCGAUCGGGCAGGAUCGGAGGACCCGGAUGUGGACUCGAUACCAGCCGUGAACCCGGACGCGCCGAGGCACGAGGGCGAGUGGUACUGGUUGAUGAAGGCGGAGCCGGAGACGCGCAUGGAGAACGGCCACGACGUGCGUUUCUCGAUCGACGACCUGCGGGCCAAGACGAGGCCUGAGGGCUGGGACGCACGCAACAACAUGAGAAACAUGAAUGUCGGCGACAAGGCCUUCUUUUACCACUCCAACUGCAAGGAGCCUGGCAUCGUCGGCAUCAUGGAGAUUGUCAAGGAGUUUUCCGAGGACAAGAGCGCCAGGCGCCCCGGGACGCCAUACUACGACCCGUCGUCGACCGAGGAGAAGCCCAAGUGGGAUCUGGUGCACGUCGAGUUCCGCAAGAAGUUCGCGGUGCCCAUCUACCUCAAGGAGCUGCGCGCGAUGGGCGCGGCGGGCGGGCCGCUGGAGACGAUGCAGAUGCUCAAGCUGGGACGGCUGAGCGUGAGCAGGGUGAGCGACGGGGAGUGGAAGGCGCUGUGCGAGUUGGCGGACGAGAAGGCCAAGGAGGCAGGGUUGGAGCACGAGGAAUGA